AUGGCAUUCGGCGGCCUCUUCGGCGGCUCCUCGUCUUCUUCAGACUCCUCUUCAUCGUCCACAUCCGGAGAUCAAACCGCAUUCUCUUCCCCAUUGAGUCAAUCGUCCCCUUCAGGCUCCGGCAGCGGCAGCGCCACGCUCCAACGACUCCAAACCGCCAUCAGCCAGCAAUCCAAUGUCGCCAACGCGCGCUACCUCAUUUCGAAAGUCAACGAGAACUGCUUUGAACACUGCGUGUCCAACCCGCCCGGCUCCACCCUCUCGUCCGGCGAACACAAGUGCCUGACGGCCUGUAUGGAAAAGUACUUUGACGCCUGGAACGUUGUGAACCGAAGCUACGUGACCCGUGUGCAGAAAGAAGGCGCUCUGAUGGCAAACACGACCGGUGGUGGCGGAGGAAAGGAGUUGUUCUGA